GCGGGCGCGCGGCCGGCCCGCCAUGCUGAAGGCCAAGGUGCUGCUGGUGGGACCCCGAGAGUCGGGAAAGUCGGUGUUGGCAAACUUCGUUUCGGAAAGCAUAGAAGGGAUUGGCGGCUACAGCCCGACGCAAGGUGUAAGGAUCCUGGAGUAUGAGAAGCCAAACUUCAACGGUAGCAGCAAGGAAUCUGGGUGUCGGUUUGAGCUGUGGGAUUGCAGUGGUGAUCAAAAGUUUGAAACAUGUUGGCCAGCUCUGAUGAAGGACACUCAUGGUGUAAUAAUAAUCUUCAAUCCUGAGCUGCCCAGUCACCUGAAAGAAAUUGAAAUGUGGUACUCCUGUUUUGUGCAGCAGCAGCCCCUGCUUGACAACCAGUGCCUCCUGGUUGCACAUCACAAGCCAGGCAGCUCAGGGGACACAGAAAAUCUGUCCUUGGCUUACCCACUGAACAAGCUAAAGCUAAUACAUUCCAACUUAGAGGAAGAUCCUGAAGAUGUUCGGAUGGAAUUUAUGAAAUACUUCAAAAGCAUCAUCACCUUAAUGAAUGAGAGCAGAGAGAGGGAAGAGAUGUCAAUUAUCUCAUGACAUUAAAAGAAAUACUGAACGGGGAAGAAAAGGAUUAUUUUUACUUUGUAAGAGGUCCUGUGAAGAGGUCCUUGCACUGAGAAUCUGCCAGCCCAUAAACAUUUCAGCAAAAAUAAUGCUCCAUUUAUGACUUAACCAGAAAAAAUACAAGUGCUGACAUCAGAUGACCGUUGGAGCCAAAAUGAUGGCUGCACACCCAGGCAUUUGGGUAACUUUAGCUGCACUUUGGUUUCAUUACAAGAAGGUAUUGUUUAGUAUGUUGAACCAAAAGAUGAAGGUAUGGGUCACCUCUUCAUUUCAGAAUCCCUUUUUGUGGAAGAGCUGAGAGAAGAAAGCCUGGCAGAACAUAAGAUUUGUGGAGAUCUGUUGAAGCAUCUGAGUAAAGUGUUCAUGCUAGCUCUGUUCCUGGAGAAGUUAUGCUUUUGGAAGUCAGUACAAACUGAUUGGAAUAGAGAUCUGAGAUGUAGUCAUGGUGUGGAAUCCACAUUUUUAUGUUCCAAGUUCUUCUUAUCUUUCUGUCCAGCAUUUAAAGAGAGCACAUUUCAUGGCUGUUGCCUUGGCAGGAUACAGUAGGUUCCAGUCUUUCUCAGGACAAGGUUUUUCUUCUAUUCCAACAAAAUUAACAUGUUGUUGGGGACAAUGUUUAGGUGUCUCUGAGAGGAAAAGAACUGAAAUCUCAGUGUGGUGCAAUACUUUGCCCUCUGUUGGGAGCUCCAACAGAGGAAAAAAAAAGUUCUGCAUUCUCCAGAGCAGGAAAAGCUGUUUCAAAACUUGUAUUACUGUUGCCUGUUGCAUUAACAUAAGUGGUUUCAUAGAUAAUUUACUUUCUGGUUUGUUUGGUUUGCACUCUUCCCUGUUCUUGGUGUGUUUUGCUGUGGAAGACGUUUUUUUGUAACACAGUUUUUGGUAACAUGCAGUGCUAAGGCAAUAAAAAUUUAAAAAAUGCA